CCUUCGUAAACAGCGGGACAAGUUAGGUUUUGCGAGAAUGAAAAGGUGAAGGUCGUUAUUUGGCGCAACAUGGCGAAAGAAGAGGGUGGGAUCGAGGAGGCUGGGAGUUGGAGGGGCGAAUGGGGAGGAAACAGAUGUUAAUAACUGUAUUAUGCACCACUGCACCAUCUACGAGGAGAACUUCAUCUCUGACAGUGACGUAUAGGUGCAUGCUAAGAAAUGUAUUGUUCUGCCUGUUGAGACUAGUAGAGCUUCAAAGACUUUUGACUGUCUCCCAUCUAAUACAAGCACAUCUGACCUGAGGACAGAGAUCCCAUUAAGAACCAUGUCACUGCAUCCACCUUCACUGGCUGCAGAUUUUCAAGAGGCAGGUGCAGACUCUGCUAAAAUUGCCUUACCACAUCAGCAGUCAGCUACAGUAAAAUUUGGACAACAUGAUUGUUUAGACUCAAGUAAGCUAAAGACUAAUGAAGGAGGUGUGGAACUGGAAAAAUCAACAGGCAGCUUAAGGGUUUUUAAGCCCCAUUAUUACAAUGCAGUCAAGCAUAAAACUGCCUCAGAAAUCUUGAGAAACAAGUUUGGAAAUUUAUGCAAGGACACAACACAAAAGUCAAGCAAUGCUGCUUCUUUAUCCCUGCCAGUUAUAUCGCAAAACGAUACUUCAUCACUUAAGAUAGAGGGAGUUUUCACUACUUCAACCAGAGUUGCAAGAUAUACUUAUAAAAGUGCUACAUCAGGCACUUUAUUAUCAAGCUGCUGUCAAGAGGAUGCAGAAUCCACAAAUGUCUCAGCUAGCCUUGAUUUAAACACAAUGCAGGGUAUCAGGAGUGGUGAUAAGGAAAGUGCUUCCUGCCCACUAAGUUCGCAGAGUGAACCAUUGGCACUUAACAGCCGUCCAUCCAAGCGUAUUAUUAAGACUCCUUUGGCACUUUUGAAACCAUGGAAUAAGCCUACACAUUCAGCAGGUUUAUCUAGGUCUUUGCGUGAGAAUGUUAGAAUGAAGCUGCUCUCAAAAAAUAUGCGAUCACGUGCAGAUGUUACUCAUCUUGCAACAAAUACAAUAUAUACACCUGAAACAACGGAUGAUAUGGCAACUUCUGGGUCAGACGCUGUGAGUGAACUGUGCUCAUCACAGAUCAUAUCAUAUAAGACUCGGUCAGGUCAGCAGGUUGAAGGAAAGAUCCCAGAGCAGGUUUUUUCAAAAACUGAGGUGAUUCAUACAUCUGAAAAAAGAUAUGGUAAUGUGCAUGCUGGAUCAGACUCUCUGGCAUCACAGAUCAUAUUGUCAGCUCUGUUAGAGGAAGAAACUGAAGAAAAGAUCGUAGACCAGGCUUCUGGAGAGACCGCUGCAGUUGAGGGACUAACAACUGUGAGUCAAGGCAUCUUGAGCAACCUUCAGAUUGGCAGCACAGAUCAUGGUGCAUUAUCAGUAAUAACUGCCACUUAUUUAGACUCAGACCAUAAAGGUGUUGAUCAGAUUUUCAGCAUGGACACUGAUGUUGAAGUUGCAUUUGAUAAAAGGCGUCACAGUAAAACUGGAGCUUCAGAUAGGAACUACCCGUAGCCUUUUACAUCAAGCUCUGGAGACUGCAACUAUUGUUGGGACAACACAAAAAUCAUCAAACUGUUCCCACAAAAAUUUAUGUCUUUCUUCUGAAGUAGCUAACAGUUCAGCAUGUACCACUAGAUGUGCUACACCAUCUUCUUGCAGUAAUAGAGCUUGUCUAAAAAUAGUAAAAUGCCAUGAAAAAAAAGUUUUCUUUCCAUACAAUUGGUCAUCUUAUACUUCUUUGAAACCAUUUUGCAGAAAAACAGAGAAAUCUGUAACUAGCGAUAAGAAAACUUCAUCUCCAUCCAAAACAUCAAAAAACUUGACUAAACCAGAGCAAAGACCCACUUUAGUUAAAAAUGAAAUCAGACUCAAUCCUAGUGUUGUUGCUGCUGUGUCUUCCCUUUUAUUUAAACGUAAAAACAUUCAGUUUGAUGGUUCAUUGAAUGUUGGUAGUAGUGUUAUGAUUCCUGCUGACUUGACAAGUCAGCAGCAGCCAGAACUUAAUGGCAGCAAUGCGUGUCCUACCCCAACGUCGCCAGACUAUGCUAUUUCCUGUGAAGUCGGUGGCAGUGCAAGCCAGAGAUCACCUGUGGAAAACAGUGUUGGAGAUGCUUGUGAAUGUCCUAAUUUUCAAGUGUCCCCUGAGUCCUUGUCCACCCAGGAAAAUUCACAGGUCAACUCAUUGGUUCUCAUGACAGAGCAGGGGCCAGUACUUUUCUGGAUCAAAGGUCCUCAGCUAAUGCAAGCAAAUAUUCGCCAUGCUACACUGGCCAGCAAUCACACAAUGCAGCUGCAAAAUAGUACUGGAAAGGUAGCUGGAAUAUUUUCUUAUGAAGCCAUUCAGCAGAAUGAAAGCCAGUUAGCCAUUCUGAAUGAUGCAGUUAAACAAGAGCCUGAGGAACUCAUUGAAACAAAUAGUUAUGAAGAAGGCAGCCUAUCCAAUGGUCCUUUUGAGCAGGCAGAAGAAUCAGAUGAGGAAAUCUCGCUGAAACAAGAGCCUAAAGAUUUCACAGAGAUGCAUGACAUCUUCAGAAGAAUUUUGGCAGGAUAGAACUGAGCCAAAAAGAGUGAGAUGGUUGGUUAUUCAGACUACAUCCAAUGAGUGUGAAAUAUUUAAAUGUGGAGACCAUGAAUGUAAUAGUACUCGGAUGGAAAAUGUGCGACAAACAUUUUCUUGCUACUGUAGAAUCUCUAUGAGAGCAGCCAAAGUGUAUGAUGCCAUGAAAGCUCAUGUCAGAAUGGAGAAAUUAGAUCCUCUGCUAACUAAUGGCAGGCAAGUUCAAGGAGAGCACAAAGAAAAGAUUGUAUUUUUUCCCACUGGUGAGGAUACAUUUGACAAGUAUACAGCUGUUCCUGAUGAUGAAGGGGAUGCUAGUGUGAUAUUAAAGAGGAAACAAGAUGAUGAGUGUGAAGAUUCAGCAAUGAAAAUAAUCAAAUGUGCUCGAAGAGAUUGUGAGAAAGAAACUUGUGUACCUGGAAGUGCUGUUCUUAUGCCUUCUGCCUCUUUUAAUAUCAGUCCUGUGCAGCAAGGAAUUCAGGAUGAAGGAAAAGAAUUACUCUUUGACAAAUGUGUGAAAAGGGAAGCUGUUGACGAAAAAGUGGUGAGCCAUCAGCAUUGCUUAAUCAUGAAGGAUUUGACAUAUAUUUAGAGACAGAUGAGAGCACUCCAGCUGAAGGCUACAGUCUCAGUGAUGUUUUUGGUCCACCCAGUAGCAGCAUAAAUAAACAGUGCAAUAAAGAUCAUCUGAAGAAAAUGAUUGGAGAUGAAAUGGUAAUGGACUCAGGGGGAAUUUUGGAUCACCAAAAGGAGGAACAUAUCAAAGCAGCUGUCAAAAAUUCACGCAGAAAUAAGCAUGGGCUUUCUAGGAAAUGUAACAAACCAAAACCCAAGUGCAGCUUGUGUACAACGGUUUCCUAUAGGGCAAAAAAGCCUCAAGCCAGUCUUUCCUCAAAAGGAUAUUCAUGCCCCAAGUGCUGCUUUAAGGCAUCAGAUGACCAGGAGCUGAAGGAGCAUAUAGCAUUAGAACACACUGGAAAACCUUUGUACAGAUGCCAGGAUUGUCCUUUUCAGUUUUUCAGCCUAAGCAUUUUUCAGAGGCAUCAGAAAAGGCAUAACGGCUGGUUUCAAAUGUUCUGCUUGUGAAAUGGCUUUCCAAAGUAAUUCCCUUUUACUUGAACACAAGCAGCUGCAGCAUACUGCAGCCUAUUACUGUCCACUGUGUGUGAGUAAAUGGGUGGGACUUGAUGACUUAAAGAAACAUUUGAAUAGCUGCAGGGGCACAUAUACAUGCUGUAUCUGCUUUUGGAUAGGAAGUACUGUGGAGCAGUUGAAAGGUCAUGGUAGGCAAUUACACAAUCAAGAGCUCUUUGUCUGUUGUGCCUGUGGAUUGAGCUUCCAAAACUGUACAGAUCACACACAGCAUGGUCAUGUCAGUGAUGCCUGUGGUCUUCCAGAUAUUGUGGAUUCAGAAAAGUUUGCUGUUUACAUGAAAAGCAAAAUGGUAAAGACAAGAACUGCAAGUUCAAUAACAGAAUGAUGCUGUGCUACCUGGCUGUUUCCUUGCAAACUGCAUCUAGGUGGUGCUCAAGAAUGCCUUUUAAUAGGGCUGACUUUCCUGCUGAAGUGAUGGUGUAAUAAGUCAGUGAAAGAUGUCUAUUCAGAAUUAAGCUGUCAAAGGACAAUCUUGAAUUCCAAUCGCAUAACUUCUAGCUGUUUUUAUGUUGUAUUUAAUGUAAUUGUUAUUGAUCAGGUGAUACAGCAAGAUGGUAAAAUGAAAGUAUUUUAGAAUAUUUUUUAAUAUGAGUGUGCGUUAUGAGAAAUGUAAACACAUCCACAGUUAAAAAUGCAUGCGUGUACAAAGGACCAUACCAAUGUGCUAGCAACAUAUUUUCAGUUAUUUUGAUUAAUAUAACAAAUUCCAUCAACAACAAGCUCCAGACAUUUACCAACUGAUGCCUACGCCAUGUUCUGGGAAUAAGAUGGCCUGAAAAGAUCUCCAACAGCUGCCUG